AUGGAUCCUGAACGGAUCUCUGUGCAAAACGUUAUGCGCGUUUUCCAGAAUAAAGCGAUCACUGUUAUUUCAGCCACUGUAUUCACCUUGCAAAACAACUGCCCCUAUACGGUAUGGCCCGGUACACUUUCCGCCAAAGGUGCCGCCAUCUCAGGGGAUGGCGGCUUUUCAUUAUCCCACGGUGCAUCCGCCAGCCUACCAGCUCCUUCCGGUUGGUCUGGCCGGUUCUGGGCAAGAACCGGAUGCACUUUUGACAAUUCCGGUAACGGAAAAUGCAUCACCGGCGACUGCGGUGCACUAAAAUGCACUGGCGCUGGUGUACCGCCAGUGAGUCUAGCAGAAUUCACCAUUGCCAAAAGCAACAAUGAGAAAGACUUUUACGAUCUUAGCCUUGUGGAUGGAUACAAUGUGGGUGUCGGUAUACAGACUUCUGGUGGCUCCGGUGACUGUCAAUACGCCAGUUGUAUCGCCGACGUGAACGGAAACUGUCCGAAAGAGUUACAGGUCUUGGAUAAUUCUGGUAAGGUUGUGGCAUGUAAGAGUGCUUGUGCGCAGUUUAACAAGCCGGAAUAUUGUUGCACCGGCGAUCAUGCAACGCCACAAACUUGCCAACCGACGCAUUAUUCUCAGUUGUUCAAGAACGCGUGUCCUACUGCUUAUAGUUAUGCAUAUGAUCAUGCUUCCAGCACCUUUACUUGUUCUGGUUCAGACUACUUGAUCACGUUUUGCCCAAGCAGUUCUUGA